UCUGGCAACGCUGUGCAUUACUCUUUUUAGCGACGUUCUUGAAAACCCGUAUAAAAAAUGACGAACUCUAAAUGAAAAUAAGUACGGAUCGUGAUGCCGAGUACUUGACAAGACAAUUAGUUGCUCCACAGUAAAGUGCAAUUAAGUAAUAUAGUCUAAUUAGUGUAAGAGCGGGCGCCAACAUGAAUUUCACAUACUUAUUCGUGCUCAUUUGGCUGGCCUACUUGGUAUGCAGCGGUGUGCUAUUGUUCUCCCGAGGAUUUCUGCUCGCACGCGUCUCCAAGACGGAGACAAGCACCUGCCGCCGUUUGUCCCUAAAUCCCAAUGAUGAGUAUUAUCUUACGCCAGAGGUUGUGAAUGAGAUCUUUAAGGAUGUGAAUGCAUCGUCGUCAUCUAAUCUAUGUCUUCCACAAAAAUCCAAAGUCAUUAUACUCGUUAUCGAUGCUCUGAAAUACGAAUUUGGAGUUUACAAAGAGAACACCACCGAACCGUUGCCUUAUGAGAAUAAACUGAGAGUUCUGCAUCAGCUGCUCCAACAAACGCCGGACAAUGCACGGCUGAUGCGCUUCAAGGCGGACCCGCCCACCACAACGUUGCAGCGCCUCAAGGGUCUCACCACCGGUAGUCUGCCCACUUUCAUUGAUAUUGGCUCAAACUUUGCCUCGCCCGAGAUUAAUGAGGACAACAUAAUCGAUCAAAUGGUCAAGAGUGAUCUGCCUUUGGUAUUUCUGGGAGACAGCACAUGGACUGAUUUAUAUCCGCGACGCUUUAGGCGCGCCUAUUCCUAUCCCAGCUUUGAUAUCUUCGAUUUGGACACCGUGGACAAUCAAAUAAUGCAGCAUUUGCCCAAGGAACUGGCUAGCGAUGAUUGGCAGGUGUUGAUUGCGCACUUUCUGGGCGUGGAUCACUGCGGACACAAGCACGGACCCAUACACGAGGAAAUGGCGCGAAAACUAAACGAAAUGAAUGAUAUCAUAAGCUCUGUUGUGGCUGGCAUGGAUAACGAGACGACGCUGCUGAUAAUGGGUGAUCAUGGCAUGACGGCAACUGGCGAUCAUGGCGGCGACACUGAUGACGAAACCAAUGCUCUUUUGUUUGCCUACUCCAAGCAGCACAAGUUCUUCACCAGCAGCGAUUCGGGAUCAGAUAGCGAAAUGCUGCAGCAGAUUGAUCUGGUGCCCACACUAGCGACCAUACUCGGCGUUCCCAUACCCUAUUCAAAUCUGGGACUGGUCAACUUUAAUAUUGUGCCCGCUGUGGCUGUGCCGCAUUUGAGUAAAUUUCAAACAUUGCUGCUUCACGGCUGGCAGAAUGCACAGCAAAUCUAUCGCUACUUCUUCAAUUAUGCGCUGGAGAACAAGCGCACCUUCAAUGUGGAACAAAUGGAUACGCUGGAAACGGAUUUCAUACUGCUCACUCAUCGUGUUAAAACCAUUUAUAAUGAGGCAGCCUACAAGUCGUUCGUACGCGAUUUAAACAUUCAUUUGCGUGACAUACUCAACGUCUGCCGAGAGAUUUGGGUCAAGUUUGAGCCCACACAAAUGUCACAGGGUCUGCUAUUUAGCUUUCUGCCCAUCUUCUUUGCCUUUCUGCUGGUUAACAACUCAAAUGCCAGCGACUAUGCAAAGAUAUUCAAGCAGAAGGAAGUCUUCUACAUAUAUCUGAUGAAUAUUGCGGCCGGCGUCUUUGGUUAUCGUUACUUCAAGAACUUUUCCUUCAAGACAGAGGAACAUGGCGUUAUUUUCUUUACUAGUUUGCUAAGCACUGUGCUGCUGGCCUUCUAUACGUUGAAGCAUUGGAGCAGCAUUGCCACCAACUGGGCCAACGUGAAGCGUUUUAGCCACAUGCCAACACGUCUGUUGCUUUUUGCCACCAUGGCUGUGUUCUUCUCCAACAGUUUCGUCAUACAGGAAGCUAAAAUCCUGUCAUAUCUUCUGGUUGCAGUCAUUUUAUUGCUCGCCUAUGAACUAUUGCAGCUGAGCGCGCGUCUGGACUUUAAGAGCAAAUUCAAAUGGUCGCAGUUUUGGCGCUCGACUGCACUGCGUCUGAUCUUGGCCAGCGUCUUGGCCAUCUGCUGUAUACGUUUCGCUUAUACGCUGUUCCGUUGCCGCGAGGAGCAGGGCAAUUGUGCGGACUUCAACAAUAGUUCAUCGGGAUUUUCUGUGAAAAGACCGUCCAUGGGCAAGACCUACAUACUAGCGGUAGUCAUCAUUGUAUUGUACACAACACUAACACGUUUAUAUUUGCGUUCCUGCGGCAAUUUGACCGGCAACGCACCCAAUGUCUUGCUGGCUCGCUAUGGACCGACUGUGGCGUCCAUUUGUGCUGGAGGUCAUAUACUGCUCGCCAAUAGCGCCAUUAAGAACAUACAACGUACACACAUUGAUGCCAUGGCUCUGGUUAUCUAUGGUCUCUUAGUGCUACAAAUUGUUGUCGUCUCAUGGGCUCCUCUAAUGACAUUUGUGCUGCCGCCACGAAAUCCCAACACCAUCAGUGUCAAUGGACGUGACAGCAUUGUACCGGAAAUAUUUAGGAAAAUGAAACGCAUGUACGAAGGUGACGACGCCGAGCGACGCCAUGAGAUUCCUGUUGUCUAUGGACUGGCCACUGUCUAUUCAUCGAUUAUCAUAUCCUUUGGCAUUUUUCUGGCCAUGCUGAUGGUUGUGGUGCUCGAGCCGCGGGCCAGCAUUGGACUGAUCAUCUGUGUGGUUAUUGGUGCCAUCAUUCUGAGUGUUCACGGCAUUCUGCGCUAUCGCACGGCCAGCAGCUUUGAGAGCUGUGUGCAGCCAACUUUUAGCGCUGUGGUCAGCUGGUUCCUGUUGGCCCACUUUUGCUUCUUUGCCACGUCACAUCAGACGACGCUGUCCCAGAUUGAUUGGCGUGCCGCCUUUGUGGGUCGUUCCAGCGCAUUGGGACAAUCUCAUCUCAUUUCCGGUGCUUUGGUUAUCCUGAACACCUUCUGUGGUCCCAUAUUCUUCUACUGCAUGUAUGCGCUGCUCAGCACGGAAACCUUCUCGUUGUUUGCGCUCUUUCCCAAUCUGAUACGCAGCAGCAGCAAUACUCGGAGCAACAACAAAGCAGAUGCAUCUACGGCUCUCAACGAUAUUGCCAAUGAAGCAGUUGGCUUUGAUAUGACACGUGGCGAAUUGGCGUUGUAUGAGUACGAGGAUGUGUUCCUAGGCGCUGGUUUCAAGCUGGCCACGCAGUUCCUUAUGCUGCAGGGCAUCAAGAUCUUUUGCGCAAUGCUGGCAUGCACAAUACACUGUCGACACUUGAUGGUCUGGAAAAUCUUUGCACCUCGUUUCAUCUACGAGGCGUUGGCUACCUUUGUUGGUCUGCCGGCUCUCAUUGUGGGCUACAUGCUGUUGUUGCGCAUCAAUCGUGCUGUGGAUGGCCUCAUCAAGCGCAUCAACAAGGAUAAGUAAUGAUGGACCACAGCUCCAUUUGCUCUAGUCGCAACAACAACUCAACCAAACUCAAAUUUUGUAUUUAAAAUUUAAUUUUGUAUGCCCCAAAGUUUGUAUUUCGCCAAUGGCUAUUAAUUUAUAAAGCUUUUACUAAAUUAUAGAUAAAGAAAAACGAAUAGAUAAACAACAAAUGA